AUGGAUAAAAAGUUAUUGGAAAUAUCAGAUUUUGAAGAACAGGAGAAUGAUGAAACUGGUACAGCUCAAAAGCCUAAGAUAAAUAUUUUCUAUAAUCUGAUGAAAGAUGAAAAGAUUUGUAUUUUUCACAAGUCAAAUUUAAAAAUAAAAAUAAUUGCUGGAGAAGAAAGUAUGACUGAUUUGUCUGGAAUUAGGUGGCGUCGUCUUUGGGCUAGCAAUGUAUUUUGUGUUGAUCCUCUGGAUGAUCCUGUAUUGUCUUCAUUUAGUAAGUGCCUAGCAGCAAAUAUAUUGUGUGUAUGGAGACGUGUGAUUUCUCGUGGCCAUGAACAACAACACAGUAGUUUACAUGAGACAAAUCAAUUAAGUUUUAAUAAAGAAUUGUGGAUUUUUUGGUAUAGAGAAGAACCAGAAUUAACUGGCUUAAUAAGUCCUGAGUUAACAGCAGAUAGCGAACAAGGUUCUUGGGAAAGUGGACUUUCGUACGAAUGCAGAUCAUUACUUUUCAAAGCUUUACAUAAUUUAAUUGAGAGAUGCUUAUUAUCAAGAGGCAUCACACGUCUUGGUAAAUGGUUUGUUCAUCCAUAUGAUGGGUUAGAUAAACCUGGAAGAAGUCCGCAGCUUACAUUUGCUUUUAACUUCUUUGUUCAUGGAGAUAGUACAGUUUGUGCUAGUGUGGAUGUCAGGCAACACCCAGCAGUAUAUUGUCUUACAAAACAUCACUUGCUGGCUGCUCAUUCACAUUCUGGAAUUAAAGUAAUUCUCAGUCCUUUUGGUAUGGCUGGUACCUUAACUGGACAAAGUUAUAAAGAUACUGAUAUGACAACCAGACGUUUGUUGGGUGAAUGGCAGCAGUUUUAUCCUUUACCAUCAUGGGACCAUAAUAGUAGAGAUCUUGGAAAUGAAGAUGAAGAUAUGCCUUGUGCAGUUGAAGUUAUAGUUGGUGGUGUGAAAAUGAGAUAUCCUUCUUGCUAUGUGUUUUUUAUUGAAAGUGAUGAUUUAAGUCAAGACAGGAUAUUAUCAGGAAUAAACAGUAGUCAGACAUAUGUACCUCUUUCUGCUGGAAUUGCAACUGUUCCACCUCAGUCAUCACAUAAAACAAUGGGUGUUCUUACACCACCAACGUCACCAUGUGAUCCAUCUGGUCUCAAUCAUCAAUCUCAUAGAUUUAAUUCUCAAUCAUCAACAGUGGUAUUAUCUGAUACAUUUAAUCAGUGUCAUCAGCCACAAACAUCUGUUCAACAACAUUCUAAAACUUCAUAUAAAACUAAACAAGCAGUUUGGCAAGACUGUACUGUUAAUCAUUGCCAUAAUUCAGUGAGUCAGUCAGAAGGGAAUGCUGAUGAAAGUGUUGGUCAGUGGGAUUUUAUUGAUCCAGCAAAUCAGUCAAGAUGUAAUUGUUCUAGGAGUAAAAAGAAUCAGUCAUCAUCUCAGGUACUGUACAAGGUAGAUCUGAAUUCAAAUACCAACCCUGCUGCAUUCUCUGGGACACCAUCAGGGACAGUAACAGGUUCUCAUAGAAAUAAUAGUGGUAAUAUAAAUAAUACUACAAAUACUGCCAGUAAAAAUGAAAAAUUAGAAAAAGAAAGAAAUGUACAAAGAAUACGAGGGUUAAUGCCUUUCCAUAAACGUAAUCUUUCUUCAGAAACAGUUUCUAUAGUUGAUUAUGAUAAUUAUGUUCCACCAGCUAUCCCAAGUAUUACUAAUAACUUUAACACUAAUACAUCAGUAUUAGUAUCUGGUUCUUCAUCAAAUCAAUACAAAACACUUGGUAUAAAUUCUUCAAUUAGGGCAGCUACACCCACAGGAUUGCCUCAGUUACAGAAUUCGUUUACUCAACCGUCCUCUGUGGGUUCACCUCAUCCUGCUACACCUCUUCCUGAUGGAUCUGGUUCUCACAUAACAUCAUCUGAUCCAGCCAUGCCAACUCUUUCUCCUCAUCCACCUCCUGUGAAGGAGGAAGAAGGAUUAAGGUCGGAAUCACAAGAGCAGGUUACAGCAACUACUAGUCCAAAUAGUAUACAAGAUUCAAGUAAUAAUGGGAAAACAAAAUCUCAUCCUGAACAGAGCCCCUUAACAUCAUUACUGGAUGGUGGAAAAGCAGCAGAUAGUUCACCAAGUCUUUCAUCCAAUCAGUGGAUACCUGUAACGCAGUCAGAAGAUAUUAAAGCCGGAAUAUCUACUUCAACUCAGUCUAGUGCAAUUCCAAAUGUUGCAACUACUCAGGCUACUACUUUACCCCAUGGUCUUAAAAGACCAUUUUUACCUACAGUUACACAUGAUGAUCCAGAUGAACAGUUUAGAAGUGGAUUAUUAUAUGAUUAUUCAGAUCUUAAUGGAUCUUUAUGGGACACUACUUCUACAAAAAGAAGGCGUGUUAUUCCAGUUUGCAGAAAAAAUACUAAUGACGUAUUAUCAUCAUAUUUUCCAAGUUCUUAUAAUAGAGAAGGUCAAGGUCAAAAUCAAGACUCAGACCCUCUCCCAAUAAAACCAAAAGAUCCAUAUGAAUUCAAUGAUGAAUUUGAUGAAGAAAGUCCUACAUCUGUAUUUCGUAACAGAGUAGAUGUAUUUGUAAAGGAAGAGGAGAAACCAAAGGAUUCUGUAAUGCCACCAACUCCUGAAGCUCAAGCACCACCUCCAACUACACAAGACAUUCCUAAACAAAACUUUAUUACUGAGCAGUUAAGUGUAGCAUCUCCUCCCACUCCAAGAAACCAAGUUUCAAGUUUUACUCGAGAACAAGAUUUACAAGUGACUGGGACUUACAGAGAUCUUGAACAGAUUUUUGAUACUUCAUCAUCUGAUGACAAUGAUGAUAUGUUUCCACCUCCUUCAACACCCAGUUCAACAAAAAUGGCAAAUACACCAGAAGAACCCUUCUCAGGAAAAGCAAAUAAAAAUAGUACAAGUUGCACAGGAAUUCUUGGUACAGCAGAAUUGACUCGCAUGUUUCCAACACCGCCAUCUUUAGAACAUAAUGCUGCUCCAUCACCAUCUGGACCUUUAGGAGGGACUGAUAUGACUGUUUUGGACAGUGCAGAUUCCUAUGCAUAUAGAGAUAGAUCAGAUAUUUAUCCAGAUACUUAUGGAAGUCCCAAUAUUGAACCAGUUAAGGACUGGUCAUAUGUAUUUAAGCCAGCAGUACAGCAAAAAUUUGUUGGCUCUAAAAGAUAUUCACCAAUUUUAAUACUGCCAAGCAGCCAUUUGCCUCCUAUAUCAUUAUCAUCGGAAUGUAUUUAUAAAAUAUCGUGGCAACAGCAUCCGAUGACCACUCCUGUUUCGACAGGUAUAUGUGGACCUGGUAAUUUAACAACACCUGCAGACAGGCAUCCAAAUCCAGUAUAUGUUGACCAUAUGAAAAGUGUUUGUAGAAAUGAAGGCCAAAUUUCAACAGCAUGGAUGUUAAAGUGUAAAAGAAAUCAGUAUCAAACUAUGCCUCCAUCAGAAAAUGAGAGAAUGAUGUUUCCUGUUGAGUCAACCUUAGAUCAAAGAAACUUGUCAUCAAAUUAUGAUUUACAGUCACCUGCCUCCAGUGCCUCUUCAUAUCUGAAUAAGCAUUUGAAUUCUAUUGAUAAUAGUAGCACUAUAUCUGCCAUACCUGAAGCCCACAGUUUACUUGUUAAUUUAGUUUUGUCAGAUUCAAUGCUCAAUCUCUUUAAAGACCAUAACUUUGCCAGCUGCACCUUGUGUGUUUGUAACAUGAAUAUCAAAGGUGCAGAUUUUGGUAUAUAUCUCCCAAGUUAUCUUGUUCCAUCUGUUACAGAAGAGCCUCAGGAGAAAUGCACUUGUGGAUUUAGUGCAGUUGUUAAUCGUAAUCUCAGUCAUUGUUCAGGAUUAUUUUAUGAAGAUGAAGUCGAAAUAACCGGUAUUCAUUAUGAAGCGAUAAAUAGAAGAAGGCGUAGUCUUUCCUCAGUUGAAUCGUCUGUCAAGAGAAAUAUGGAAAGUCGGACAAUAACAAGUGAGAACAAAGAAGACGUCGGACAAGUGGACCAACUUCCAUGUACCAUUAUCGAUUUGAUGACCGUUCAGUGUUCCACUUUAUACUCUACGUGUUCAUUGUUUUUUAAAGCCGUUCAAUUACAUUCAACCGAAAGAAUUCAUCCUCAGUAUAAUGCUCUUGAAAUGUCAGAUGGUUGCGAAAUUUGUUUUCUCGGUUUAGAUACGGGAAAGCAAGCUAUAGACAAUAUAAAUACCAAUAAAUUAGAUGAGAAUUUAAAGUCGACUUCUCUACAUAAGUGGCCUUAUUUACCAGUGAAACUUCCAGUCAGUAGUCAUGAUACAGUUCAUUUAUUAAGGCUUCUUCAACCAUUAUUACAAGAAGCAGUUCAGAAGAAAACUUCUCAUCGGGAAAACUCUCAUAUGUGGGAAAUAACUUAUGCCGUUUCUGGUCCAUUGACAUGGAGACAGUUUCAUCGUUUAGCUGGAAGAGGAACAGAAGAUCAGUGUGAACCACAACCAAUUCCAUCUUUACUUGUUGGAUAUGAUAAAGACUGGCUUGCAUUAUCACCAUUUGCAGUAAAGUUUUGGGAUAAAUUGUUACUAGAACCGUACUCAAUGACAAGGGAUGUUGCUUAUAUAGUUGUGGCUCCUGAUAAUGAUUUUAUUCUCGGACAUGUAAAAACAUUUUUUAAAGAGCUCAGUAAUAUAUAUGAACUUUGCAAGUUGGGAAGGCAUUGCCCGAUUACCAAAGUUUUAAGAGAUGGCAUAAUGAGAGUCGGAAAAAUAGCGGCAAAAAAAUUGGCAGACGAGCCAGUAGAUGAGUGGUUUAAUCAGAUAGGCAAUGGUCCUGUUGCCAGCAAGUUAAAAUUAUAUGCACAGGCAUGUCGCCAUCAUUUAGCACCUCAUUUGGCUACUCAACCAUUAGAUAGAACUCUUUUAGAUAAUUGUCCACCUCCAAUGAAACCUCCAGAUAAACCACUUGCUACCACAGUUGCUUCUCCCAUGCCACCCAAUACACCAGAAAAUCAAGAAAAAGAUCAUGCCUCAACACCUAAACCUGCAGAUUCAGAAAAUACUCAUGACCCAAGUUCAGCUGGAAGUAAUGCAAAUCAAAAUACCGGAACAACUACAAAUAAUAGUGGAGGUACCCAAGAUCCUUGGGAUGGUGAGGACGAACAACAACCUCCAGCAUUGAUUAUUUAUAUUGUCGAACCAUUUACUUACGGUAGUCUAGACAAUGAUCUGUAUCGUCUGUCUACUAUUGGUCUCUUACGCUGUUACGCUCACAUGUUGCGUUUUUUACCAGAGCAAAUACAAAACAGUAUACAUUUACAGCUUGUGACGCUUGACUCAGUUAUGUGGCUUGGGAAAGACGAAAAUGGUAGCAAAAGACAAGAACAGUUAAAAGCAUUGGCAUUCACUGUUUUCUCUCAGUGCCGUCGAUUACUUACUCAUAAUUCUACAGUAAAGUCUUUAACUGGUUUUGGUCCUGCUGCAUCCCAAGAUAUCUUUUUAAGAGGUAGAAAUGAAAGAAAUUCUGGACCACAACGAAUGUUCAGUUUACCUUUUAUCCUUGCUCCAUUGAAGGAUAAACAGACAGAAUUAGGUGAAAUGUUUGGUGAUCGCAGAGAAAAAUCUCAUAUUCUGUAUUGUAUAUAUUGUCUUACUGAAGACCAGAGGUAUCUUUUAGCUACUUGUACAAAUGAUAAAGGUGAUAUGCUGGAAACAUGUUGUAUAAAUAUUGAAAUUCCUAAUCGAACUAGGAGAAAAAAGGCUUCUGCUCGCAAAAUUGGUUUACAUAAAUUACUUCAAUUCAUCUUAGAAGUUCUUUCUACAUCUGUUCAGCCAUGGCGCUUGGUAAUAGGUAGACUAGGGAGAUUAGGACAUGGUGAACUGAGAGAAUGGGCAUUGCUAUUGGGACGCAAGUCUCUUCUCUGUUAUAGUAGACAGUUAAGAGAUUUGUGUCAACAAUGUGCUGUUUUAGGGCCUAUAGAUACUCCAUCCAUUUUGUCAGCAUGUUUGAUCUCUUUAGAACCUGAUUCCGCAUUGCGCAUAAUGCCCGAUCAGUUUACGCCUGAUGACAGGUUUAGUAGUAGUUGUAAUUCUUGUGAUCUUAGUACUCCUGAAGAUGCUACUUGUACACACAUACUGGUCUUCCCUACUUCAGCAACUACACAGUCAUCUCAAGCCACAUUUCAACAAGAACAUAUAGAUCCACUUUCAACUACUUUGGGAGAUGAAGAUAUAUUGCAAGCAUUGAAUGAAGAUGAUAUUACACACGACAUAAAUGAUAUUACUCAUGACAUUUUUCGUUGGGGUGAGAGUCCGACACAAAGUCCUGGAAAUUCACCACAUCGGGAUUCAAUUUCACAGCCAGGAAGCCCAAGUGGUGGUGGUGGAGGAAGACAUUCACCAUUUCCUCCUGGUGGACCAAAUAGAGGAUUGAGUGGAAUGACUGUUGAAUCCCAAGAAGAACCUUUACAAUUAUUACAACAGCCUUUAGCUCUUGGCUAUUAUGUAUCAACUGCAAAAACAGGUCCCUUACCAAAAUGGUUUUGGUCAUCCUGUCCACAUUUAGAAGAAGUAUGUCCUGUAUUUUUAAAGUCUGCAUUACUUAUACACUCUCCAUCUGUUCAACAAAGUUCUGAUGAUUUACUUCAUGCAAAUCCACACAUUCGUAAUUAUCAUCCCUUGGAUUCCAAUUUAACGACUGAUGUACUCAGGUAUGUUCUAGAAGGCUAUAAUGCAUUGUCUUGGCUUUCUCUUGAUCCGACAACACACGAUCGUCGAUCUUGCCUUCCCGUGCAUAUACAAGUUUUAACACAACUUUAUCAUGCUGUUGAAGCACUUGUGUGACAUCAUAAAAGUUAGCAAGCAGUUCAGGGAACAACUUGGUACCCGGGUUUUUAUACAUCUAUUUUGCAAUUAAUCACAAAUGUGAGCCUCUUGUUUUAUGGCCACACUGUUUAACAGAAGGUCUUAAUGAAAGACUUCUUACCAGUUUUAUAAGUGUUUUAUUUUCUUUGGACAUUGUUGAAAGAAACUAUUGAAUACAGAAAUCCUGUCAGAAAUCAACUUUUGACAUAUCAGGAUGAUCUGUUUUUUAACUGUGAAGAGAUCACAACUGUUUUGCCCAGAAAAUAGAAGAGCAAAAAUAAAUCAUUCAUUUUAACUUAUCAAGGAAAAUUUCGUGUGCAAAUUUAAAAAGUUGCAAGUGAUAUCUGCUUUCAAUUGUUUUAAGGAUCAAUGGAAACUGUUAAGCAGAUAAAACUGUUGUAUAUAUGUAAUGAAGAUUUGUUAACAAGGCAAUCUUGCCUUCUUGGUCUAAGAUCAUGUAACAAAGAGUUUGAUGCCUCAGAAUCGAUCAGCAAAUGUCAUUCAGAAAGAAGGCUCAACAGAUUAAUCACAAAUGUGAUUCGUUCUUCUCUGUAAACUAUUUAAUGCCAAGUACAACCACUUUAUCAAGAAUGCAGUGUUAUUUAUUUUGUAUAUAUUGUGCUGGAAACCAAGGAAAGAACUACAGAUUUGUUAGUACAUUUUGUAUUGACAUUCUUCCUACCAAAUUUCAAAACUUAGCUACUUAUAAGCUGAUUAUACAAAUGGAAUGUUGUUAAAAUGAACAUUCACUUAAGCAACUGUUGUAGUUUGUCUGGACAUUGAUCUUCAAGAGGCAUUAAUUCUUUUUGAAAAUUUGUACAGAAUAUUGUACAGUAUAUAUCAAAUUUGAUUGACUUUUUACAGAACAAAUUUGACACUUCUAUUAAUCAUGUAGUUAUAAUUGUUGAGUGAUCACUAUGUACGCUGUAACAAAGGCUGAUGUUUUAGCAAUUUGAUUACAUUAUGGCAAAAGAUGUAUCCAUAUGUGAACAUAACACAUGCUCUUACCAUUGUAUAUCAGUUAUUGCCAUUGCCAAUUUUUAGGCAUGGCUAUCACAUAUAGCAGAAAAUAAGAAACAAAGUAUUUGACAAAUAUUUGUUUCUUGAUCUUUAGCACGUAAUAUAUUAAUUUCAGCAUUGCAUUCAGUAUCACUCAGAUGCACGACAGACUAUUUUAGAAUAUUUAAUGUGAUGUUGAUAACAAGGGAAAAAUUUAUAACAAUGCUAAUUAAGACAGUUUAUGUAUAUUUUAUUCAGCAGAAAAGAAAAUAUCAUUUUUUGUUCCAUUUGUUGCAAAGUAAAAAAAAAACAUCAGAUGUGAAGAUAUAUCAUCCCAAAAAGCAUUUGUACAAUCUAACAUCACAUAUUGAGUGAUAUAACCUCCUUUCUAUAACUCAAAAAAGGGAUAUAAAACAAUCAUUAUGUAUUUUCACCUAGCUCAUUACAGAAUCAGAAAACUAUAUAUAUUAUGUAUAUUAUACUAUGAAUACCUUUGGAAAUGCACAGAGAACAUUUUCCAUUAUAUUUGAUAUAUUUAUAUCGAUAGAUUAUAAAAAAGGAUUAUGGACCUGCCCACAGUAAAAUCUAUAUAUUAAAAAAGGUACACAUGUUUAUAUUAAUCAUUACACUUCUAUAUAAUUUUUUUAAAACCUAUUUAUGAUAUUUAUCUCUAGUGAUCAUGUUUUUGUUCUAAGUGGAAAAAAAGAAUGUCAAUUUUGCAGCAAUUUCUUCAAAUCAACAAACCAGCAAUAUGAGCAUUUUGGAGGAGCAAUAUAUGCUGCCUGUUGUGACAGACAUUGCAAUUAAAAACACUGUUAAUAUAUAUAACCUGAAUGUAUAUAAAAUAUAUAUUACAUAUAUGUAUAUAUAUUAUAAUAUAAAUAUUAUAAUAUAUAUAUGUAUGUAUAUAUAUGCACCAAACACAAAACAUUCAUCUUUUAGUAAAGAGAGAGAGCUUAUGUCUUACCAGCACUUUUUGGAUGAUCAUAGUAGUCCGAUUAAAUGUUUUUUGACUUAUUAGUCAUUUAUACCAUUUUGUAAGAAAUUGUCUUCAUUUCCAGUCAUGAACAUUAACAUUUUAUUUCCUUGUUAUAAGAAAAAAGUACAUGAAGGUUCCCUCAAAUGUAUAUAAUAAAAACCUAAAAUAAUUAUUGCUAAUUGAGUAAGCAAUAUUUGCCAAACAGAUGUCAAACAUACUUAAAAAUCAUGUGGGGGGAAAAUCUCCAAAUAAGCAUUGUAGUUGAUAAUAUAAGUUGUGCUGAUAGUCAUUUAUAUAAA